ACUGAGAGUGGAAAAGCGCUUGAGUGUGUUUGAGGCUGGACCGCGGGGAGCGAACAGAGAGGCGCACCGACUCCAAAAAGAGCAAGUGGAUGGAAAGAGCCCAGUGCAAUGGAGAAAGUGAACCACGGCGCAGAGACUGGUGCCCUGUAGAGUGAAAGAAGAGAGGGGGAGAGAUGCUUGCAUGAGACAAGGGGGUAUGAAGAGUAGGAGAGAGAGUUUUGAUGAAGAGUUGAGAUUAUUUUCCAGAAUGGCACGGAUUCGCUCCAACGCAAAUGCGCAUUUCGCAAAGAUGACAUAGCACUUGAGAAAAUGGGAUUCCUGCAGGAACAGAACUCACUCACGACCUGAAUGAAAAGAGAAAAAGGGAUUCUAUUCAAAUCGGAAUUUAGUUUUGUUUUCUUUUUUUUCCCCUCCUUCCUUCUUUUACUUGACAAGCCUCGGUUGUGAGUAAACGCAGAGUGAAAUAUGAAUCUGGGCAAAGCACUUCUGUUUUUCCUCCUCUCAAACUGUGUGACAAUGACUUUGUCGCUAUCCACUUGCACCACUGUGGACAUCGACCACAUAAAGAAAAAGAGAGUGGAGGCGGUGCGGGGACAGAUCCUCAGUAAACUCCGGCUGACCAGUCCGCCUCAAACAACAGGUCCAAGUCAGGUACCGUUUCAGGUUCUGGCCCUUUACAACAGCACCAAGGAGCUCAUUGAGGAGCUGGGGAGAGACAGGCAGCAGAGUUGUGGGCAGGAUAACACGGAGACUGAGUACUAUGCCAAAGAGAUUUACAAGUUCAACAUGAUCAAUGGUUCACCAGAAAACAAUGACCUCCCCUACUGCCCCAAGGGUAUCACCUCCAAGGUAUUCCUCUUCAACGUCUCGACCAUGGAGAACAACUCCACCAACUUGUUCCGGGCUGAGUUUCGAGCCCUGCGGAUCCCCAACCCCGGCGCCAAGAAAAACGAGCAGCGGAUUGAGCUCUACCAGAUCCUCCAGAAAGACGACCCCAAAGCCAAACAGCGCUACAUUGGGGGCAAGAACGUCCUGACCAAGGGAACGCCUGAGUGGGUCUCCUUUGAUGUCACAGAGACAGUGAGGGAGUGGCUAAUGUACCGACAGACAAAUCUUGGCCUGGAGAUCAGCGUCCAUUGUCCCUGCCAUACUUUCAGGCCAAACGGUGACAUUAUCGAGAACGCCAACGAGGUGCUAGAGGUCAAGUUCAAAGGUAUGGAAGCAGACUAUGACGACCAGAGCCGUGUGAAAAAGCAAAAGGAGCAGCUCUACCCCCACCUCAUCCUCAUGAUGCUCCCUCCCCACAGGCUGGAUGCCCACUCCUCUUCCCGCAGGCGCAAGCGGGCACUUGACACCAAUUACUGCUUCAACAAUUAUGAGGAGAACUGCUGCGUUCGACCACUAUAUAUUAAUUUCCGGCAGGAUUUGGGAUGGAGGUGGAUCCAUCAGCCUGAAGGAUACUACGCCAACUUCUGCUCCGGGCCCUGUCCUUACCUACGCAGCGCAGACACCACCCACAGCUCGCUGCUGAGCCUCUACAACACCUUGAACCCUGAAGCGUCCGCCUCACCCUGCUGUGUUCCUCAGGACUUGGAGCCCCUCACCAUCCUCUACUAUGUGGGUCGUUCCCCUAAAGUCGAGCAGCUCUCCAACAUGGUCGUCAAGUCCUGCAAGUGCAGCUAAACUUCAGAGCUUCAGGGGUGGGGGUGGGGCAAGAGACAUGGGAUGUGACGGCUCCCAGCACUACUCAGGAGCGGGUUUAAGGGGUUAGAGGAGGGGGGUGUGUGUGUGUGUGCGGUACAGUUUGUUCUCCACAAGUACCUCUUCCCUCUGCUCCAGCCUUUGCCCGAGCUCUCACGAAAAAGAUGCAGUCCACCACUCUGCUCACGACCAUUGGCAGCAUUUACCUAAAAGACUCGUCGAACACCACUUCACUAACAGCGCUCUCAAACCCAUCAGACCUCUUGUUGACCUUCAACAAUUGCCUUUCGACAUCAAUGUUUCUCAUGUUUUGUUCUGUUUUUUUUUUGUUAUAUUCCAGCAUUUUGAGCAGCCUGUACCUCAGUGUUUCGUGACAUUGGUCUUCAAAAACCGUCUUCAACGAUAAGAGGGACAGAACAAUGACCAUUGCAUUCUCAAGGACGUAAAAUAAUUGCAGUCAAAAGAAGAGAAUGCAGACUGAACUCAGCAUGACAGGAGUACGUCAAGGAGGGGUAAGAUAAAAACGACCCCUUCGGCCCCUGACUCACAGGACACCCUCUAAUGUCCGAGCUGGAAACUGACGCUGUGUCCGCCACGGCUCCCUACACUGUUUAUUUAGGAUUAAAUGCUGUUAAAUGAAAAUGAUCUUAGGAAAAAAAAAAGUAAAGAAAACAUGCUGGAAACCAACCUUUAUUUCAAAGUAGUAUUUCCAUGGUUAUGUUUACCUCUGUAAUGCAACAGGAUGGUGAUUCCAGGGAUUGUUUCGUUUUUAAAGUGAAGCCUUUCUGUUGUAUGAGACGAUGUAUGUCACUAAGUGAACACUUAGCUAGAUCACGAACUGUAAAUGUUUUUCUUAUUACUCUUGGAAACACUUUUUUUUAAUUAAAAAAAAUGAACAGUUGGAUAGAAUUGUUCUAUUUUCA